CGUCGGAAUACGCUUAAAUAGUGGGUCAUCGGCCGAGGCAUUGAGUUCGUGACAGCUUGGCACUCGCCAUAUUUCCUCUUUGGGAUCAGGUCGCGGGCCGUAUGCGACCGUUUCGGUGACAACCAGUUGUCUGGGGUUGAAGGUUUAGAUGUCAUUCGGAGCGUCGCGGUAGCCAGGCUAUAGAACACCCAAAUGAUAUAAAGACCAUGGUCGUCUCAAGAGAGCCCUUAUCACGGCUAUAUGGAUAGUUAGAAACCUAUACCAGGAACACCAAACACUCUUUUUCGUUUCUUUUGACACUUUCUGGAUUAGUCCAACCCUUCGCUCCUGGUUGAACGAAGAUGCCUUCCCUAGCCUCCAUCCUCCUUCUGGCUCUGGCCUCCUGGGCUUCAACCACCGUGGCCACGCCUUUUGACAAGCGCCAGAGUCUGGCAGGCAUCACACAAAACGGCUUGUCUGGAUCUUGCAAGGGAAUGACUGUCAUCUUCGCGCGUGGAACUACGGAGGCAGGAAACGUGGGAUCCGUGGCGGGGCCUCCGUUCUUCCAGGCGCUGUCAAGCAAGGUCGGCGGCGAUCUAGCGGUACAGGGCGUCGAGUACCCUGCCGACAUCCCGGGUUUCCUGGCCGGCGGUGAUGCUGCAGGAAGCAAGAAGAUGGCCUCACUCGUGUCACAGGCUAUGACCAAGUGCCCGGACACCAAGGUUGUCAUGGCGGGCUACUCGCAGGGGGGACAGCUGGUACACAAUGCUGCGAAGAUGAUGUCUUCUGCGACAGCAUCCAAAGUGGCUGCCGCCGUCAUUUUCGGUGACCCAGACAACGGCGAUGCUGUCCAGGGUGUUUCCAGUGCCAACACCAAGGUUAUCUGCCACACCGGCGACAACAUCUGCCAGGGAGGCGACCUAAUCCUGGUGCCACACUUGACGUAUGGCCAAAACGCGGACGAAGCUGCUGCGUUUGUUGCAUCAGCAGCGGCAUGA